GCGGCUACACGAUCGCUCCCAUCAACGCCCCUGAGCUGCCGCGACACGGUGACCGAUUGGCAACAAACCUAAUCUGACAAAUGACUGAAAUGAUCUCCGGAGCAGAGCGAACGCCAAAGUGGACUCCCGUGAAGCCCUUCCGUGACUUUGUUUGGGUCUUCUCCACGGCAAACUGCGGGUUGCGUGCCAUCAUCCACUCCCCAUGAUCCCAAACUUCUGAGAGAGGGGAACGCGCUUUGCGUCUUGAAGAGCGAGGAGCUCAAAGUUCUCGAGGCGGAGAAGAAAAGGGACUGGAUUACUCAUCUGAAUUGGAGUCCGGCUGUCCUUCAGUAAACCAGAGGCCCCACUGCUGCUUAUACAUUCAACACAUCCUAAGACUUGUCGAAAGGACCUGGAUUUCAACUUUGCAGAGGAUUUCCAGGUGUUGCAAGAGCCGGCAUCUUCACCCAGAGGCCUGCUGCGGACCCCUGGGUGCUCUGUUACCAUGGCUACCAACAGGGAACAGCAGGUGGGUCACAUGACCGGCUUCCCACCUGCUGUCUACCCCUUCCCAUUCAACUCCAUGAGAAGCCACUCCCCCUUUGACCUGUUGGCCAACAGCAGCCUGUUUGGGAGAUUUGGUGCCGACCUGCCAAAAGAGAUGGCCGCUCUCUCGGUGGAGACCCAAAGCACCAGCUCAGAGGAGAUGGUACCCAGUUCUCCGUCUCCACCUCCCCCACCGCGUGUCUACAAGCCCUGCUUUGUGUGCCAGGACAAGUCCUCAGGGUAUCACUACGGGGUCAGCUCCUGCGAGGGCUGCAAGGGUUUCUUCCGUCGCAGUAUCCAGAAGAACAUGGUGUACACCUGCCACCGAGACAAGAACUGUCAGAUUAACAAGGUCACACGCAACCGCUGCCAGUACUGCAGGCUGCAGAAGUGCUUCGAGGUCGGCAUGUCCAAGGAAGCGGUACGCAAUGACAGAAACAAGAAGAAGAAGGACGUGAAGGAGGAGGUGGUGCUUCCGGAGAGCUAUGAGCUAAGUGGAGAGCUCGAAGAAUUGGUCAAUAAAGUCAGCAAAGCUCACCAAGAAACCUUCCCUUCACUUUGCCAACUGGGCAAAUACACCACCAACUCCAGCUCAGACCACCGUGUCCAGCUGGAUCUGGGGCUCUGGGACAAGUUCAGCGAGCUCUCCACCAAAUGCAUCAUCAAGAUUGUGGAAUUUGCCAAGCGGCUGCCAGGUUUCACCACCCUCACUAUCGCUGACCAAAUCACUCUACUGAAGUCAGCCUGCCUGGACAUACUGAUGCUGAGAAUCUGCACACGCUACACUCCAGAACAGGACACUAUGACCUUCUCAGAUGGCCUGACUCUGAACCGGACUCAGAUGCACAACGCGGGCUUCGGGCCGCUCACAGAUCUGGUGUUUGCCUUUGCUGGCCAGCUCCUACCCCUGGAGAUGGACGACACAGAAACCGGGCUCCUCAGCGCCAUCUGCCUCAUCUGUGGAGACCGCAUGGAUCUAGAAGAGCCUCAGAAAGUGGAUAAGCUGCAGGAGCCUCUCCUUGAGGCUCUGAAGAUCUACGCCCGUCGCCGCCGCCCCAACAAACCCCACAUGUUCCCACGCAUGCUGAUGAAGAUCACCGACCUCAGGGGCAUCAGUACGAAGGGUGCAGAGAGAGCUAUCACUCUGAAGAUGGAGAUCCCAGGGCCAAUGCCUCCUUUGAUCAGGGAGAUGCUCGAGAACCCAGAGGCCUUCGACGACCAAACAGAGUCCAACGAUAGCCCGCCGCCUCCGCCGCCGCCGCCUCCUCCUCCGCCGCCACCGGCCCUGGUCCUGAAGCAGGAGGCCGAGGACGAGGACGACAGCUGGGCCACGGAGAACGGCAGCGAGCCGUCGCCGGAAGAGGAGGACGAAGACGACGACGACGACGUGGGAGACGAGGAGCGGGACAGGGGCUCGGACAGUGACGGGGAGCCCUGGGGGGUUUUGGAUAACAUAGAUGGGUCGAGGAAAGGCCUUGUUGGGAGGGCGCAGUGAACAGUGCAUUUCAGACAUAGACACACGUAAGCACAUACAGAUUCUACACACACCUAUAUACCGGUCUUUGAAAAAGUUCUGUUACACUCGGUUUCAUGAUCUUUAGAGACGUUUACAUGUCGGAGUGAAAAAUUCCAUUAAACAAACUGAAAGUUCUACCUUAUAGGCAGGUGUCAUUAAUAUAAAUUUGUUCUCCCUUGAAGUUGUAUCAAGAUGGAAGUUAAAAGAGUUGAGAUAUCUGCUCUCCUUCAUGCUGAACAUCAGCCGGAUGACCAUCCACAGAGUCGCAGAGAGGCUCAAGAAUGGUGAAAACCUGAAAGAUCUUCACCAUUCUUUCUCAACUCUUUUGACUUCCAUCUUGAUACAACUUCACCGGAGAACAAACUUGUAUUAAUGACACCUGCCUAUAAGGUAGAACUUUCAGUUUGUUUAAUGGAAUUUGUCACUCUGACAUGUAAACGUCUCUAAAGAUCGUGAAACCGAGCGUAACAGAACUUUUGCAAAGCCCGGUACAUACAGACACACAACACAACCUCAUUCACUCUUCCACCUCAAGAAAAUGCUGGCCUUUCCUCCCCUCUCCUCUCUCUCCUUGCUGCACAUCAUUGUGUUCUCCUCAGCAGAACACAGCAGAGCCUUAAGUGUACAGACACUUCUAUCUCAGGCCACACGGUCGACGACGAGCGAGCUGCAGAAACAUAAAGUCAAGGAGAGAUGACAGUAAACCAUAUGAACUCCUGGCGUAGCCACAUGGGAAGUUAACGUGACAAAAAGAACAUAACCUCUUUGAGAAAGCUAAAUGUUACUUUGUUUUUUCCCCACUGUUGUUGUUUAUGUGUAAACAGGGGAACGGCCAACCAGACAUCAGAAACUGAGCAGUUGAUUCCAACGGAUUACAACAAGCACAUUUCUCAAAAGAAAACAAGAGUACAGGGCAAAACCAAAUUGAGUAUGUUAAUCUUUUGUGUUUGUGGUUAUUGCUUUUGAAUAUUGUUUUCAGGUUUUUUUUUUCUUUUUCAGUUUAUGAAUAAGUCCAUACAUAUCUGUAUACCAUUAUAUUUUGUCUUUUAUUUGUUAUUCUGGUUUUAUAUAUGAAUCCUUUAGACAAGUUUUGUCAUUUUUUUCUUUGAAGAGCUUUCCUGAGAAGAUAUUCAGAAGGAAAGAAGGGUAAUCCGAACUGGCUGGGUCUUCCUUAUCAGCUACAUAUGCUUAGCUCGGGCUUCUUUGAGCACUUUGGCUCACUGUGGAUGUCAAUGAUAAUCAACGCAGAGGACUAUUGUUUUGUUGCAGUGACUUAAUCAGUUUCUGUUAUCAGGGAAUUGGCAUUAUUCUAUUUUGCUGUCGUUGCAGCCAACAUAUGCUGUCAAUUGCAGGAAGUAAGCAUCUUGGUGCCAAAGUUAGGAAAAGUCAUCUUUGGAGUGUGAGUUUUGACUACUGGCAGGGACUCCAGCUACAAAUCCAGCAAUCCUCACAGCAAGAGUGCUCACUCACACUUGCACUAAAAAAACACACCCUCUAUCUCACCCACAGCGUACACACAUAAAAGCAAACACACACACACACACUCCUUUGACUCUACGCUCAUCGGUAGCAGAUGUGCCGACCAGGACAGAGAUUUAGACUUGACCAUAUAUGUAGCACUUUUGUGAUCCUCUAUCAACAGAAGGCACAUCUCCCCCCGCUAAGAGCAGAGCUGCUGUCGGUGAGCGUAUAUCUCCGUUAGCGUGACGAAACCGAUGGCAACGUCAACAUAUAUUGAAAGCACUCCCAGAUGAUGUCAGUAGACGAACACACACACACACACACACACUCGACACAUACAGAAACAUCCACACACAGUAGCAUCGUAUGCAUCAGCGUUCAAAGGCAUAUGCAAGCCGUAAGCAGGAAUCCUUAUGGAAGACAUUUUGGAAUCAGACUCAGGGCUUUUCAGUAAGGACCAAACCCUAGCUGCUUUUCAGGCACGCUAGAAACAGGCAAUAUUUGUGUGUAUUCUUGACUACAUGUGGAUUCUCAACCCUCCCCUCUGUGCGUACAUAGAAGGUGACAAGUCUGAGAAACAGCCUGGAUGCCAGUCUGACUCUCCAGAGGGGCGGGGCGGACUUUCAUCAUCAUCUUCAUCGUCAUCUUCUUCACCCACCCUCCCUGCCUGAACUCACGCUGGCAUCCAUGUGGCAAACUGCCUUCUCAUCCCAAAAGCCAUUAUAUCAUCUUGUCUUCUUGUGUAUAUUCUCGCUUCUUUUUUUUUUUUUUGGAAGAAGAAGAGCAGAGGAUUAUGUGUUCUCAUGUAUCAUUUCUUUAUUGCCAAAAUGUCACAGCGGGCGAUCAGCUGGGAAAACACGGCUGAUCUACAGAGGUUUUUUCUGUCUCUCUUUAAAGCAAUAUGAACAUUCUUUCUGUAGCACCGAGCGGUCCCAUCUUCUGAAUAUGGGCAGAUCUCAUUUUUGUUAAGCGUGUGUGUGUGUGUGUGUGUGUGUGCAUGUGUGGUGCGUGCGUGUGUGUGCGAGUGCUUUACCAGGUUUUUCAGUCAUUGGGUGGAUGUCCUCGGCAUGGUGCUGUCACACAGAAACUCUUGUGUGAUGACCUCAUCCUUUCUCUCUCUGCUGGGCCGUCAUGAUGUGGUGACGGCGAUGCAGGCACAACAUUGAGAUUAUGUUUUCUUAUGUUUUUGUUCCUUUCAACAUGGCCAAGGUGUUGUCUACCCUCUGUCUAUGUCAACUCUUGUCAUACAAAGAAAAGCCAUAUAAACAAUAAGAGGCACAAUAAACUACUUUUGUGA